AUGGGAGAGGGCUCGCGCUAUGAAGAUGGGUCAGCAGUCGAGGCCGGCGUAGGUAGAGGAACAAUAAUCGGAGGUAACUCUGAAAGCCCGCAUUCAGACUCACCCGCCUCCACCACCAAGAAGAACAGUGCCGAGGACAUACCAACAAACAGCAAGGAGAACGGCUCUUCCUGCGAGACCAGCACCAUGAAAGAUCCUGCACCUUCUGCACCACCACAGGGAAUCAGCCUCGAAGCAUCACGCACGAAGCUGCAGACCGUCACAAUCAUGCUCUCCCUCUGCGCGGCCCUCUUCCUCGCCGCGCUCGACACCACUAUCGUCACAACCGCUUUGCCGAGCAUAUGCGAGCAUUUCAACUCCGACGAAGGCUACACCUGUAUCAGGUCGGCCUACCUGCUUGCCAAUGCUGCGAGUACGCCUUCUUGGGGAAUUUUCUCCGACAUCUGGGGCCGGAAAGCGAUCCUGCUGCUUGGUUUGGGCAUCCUUUUUGUAGGAAGCUUGCUCGCUGCCACUAGCGUUAGCAUUGGGAUGUUGAUUGUGGCGCGUACGGUGCAGGGCAUUGGCGGAGGGGAAAUUUUUGUGCUGGUCAGUAUUCUGCGUGAAUGA